CCCAGACUGAGUUUGUGGGACUGCUCUCUGUGCUGGAUUGGAAGGGCAGUUUCUCCUGGUUUGCCACAAAAUAUGCAAGGUCUUCAGACUACUCAUUAUCCUCUGAGUAACUAAGAGAGACACCCAGCAGGCCUUGUGCGCUACAGAAAGAUGCCAACCUCCAAUAAAACUCUAUGCUUAGCCAAAUUAGCUGCUUUUGGGCUCUUCUGCGUUAUUGCGUUCUGUCUGUUUUUUGAGACUCCAUCUUAUGUUUGCCAAUCAACAUCAGCUGAAGUGGAACAUUAUGAAAGCGUGAAUCCAAACGAAAAGCCCAUAGUUCUGCUGUGGUUCUGGCCGCUUGGUGUGAAGUUUGAUCUCAAAGCUUGCUCUACCUACUACAACAUUGAUAGCUGUGUUCUGACAGCUGACAGAGCCCUCUACAGCAAAGCACAAGGAGUCAUCUUCUACCACAAAAACAUUACCUGGAAUUUAAACAACAUGCCGAAAGCUCCACGCCCAUCUUUUCAGAAGUGGAUUUGGUUCAAUGUGGAGUCUCCAACAAACACAGGGAGAAAAUCUGGAAUGGACAAUGUGUUCAACUUAACGCUGAGCUACAGAAGAGAUGCCGGCAUCACGGUGAGGAAUGAGGUCACUAUCAGGGAAACAGAGAGCAAAGAUGAUUAUGUACCACCCAAUAAGACCAGAUUGGUUUGUUGGAUUGUCAGUAACAAAAACAGGAGGACUGGGGCCACUGCAAGAGAAAGAUACUAUGCACAACUGUCCAAAUACAUCAAAGUCGACCUUUUUGGUACAGCUCACACAGGGCACAGGUUGAGUUUUGACGAAUAUUAUCCAACCAUUGGUAGCUGUAAGUUUUAUCUCUCCUUUGAGAACUCGCUCCACCGAGACUACAUCACUGAGAAGGUAAACGGCCCCCUUGUGGCAGGGACCAUCCCUAUAGUUUUAGGUCCUCCAAGACAAAACUACGAGCAGUUCUAUCCCUCUGAUGCCUUCAUUCAUGUAAAUGACUUCCCAAAUCCAAAGGCGCUAGCAGAGUUUCUGCUCACUUUGGACAAGAAUGAUACAGCAUAUAAGCGUUACUUUGAGUGGAGGAAGUUCUACUCUGUAACUCCUCAUCUCCUGUCAAUUGAGAAAGAAUUCAUUCAGCCCGUCUGCCUCGCCUGUGACCACAUCUCUAGAGACCGAAAUUUCCGAGUGGUUCACAACCUUUUCAAAUGGUACGCUUCAUAAAAUUCAGAUAAUCUUUUAAAGAGUUCCCUGAACACAGAUACAAAGAGUCUGCGUGUUAUAUAUUUGAAUAUUGUGAACCAUUCACUCUGAAAUGACAAGAAGGCUUAAAAUGUUACAGGUGUAAAUAAAAAUGUUGGGCAUAGUGAGAAGGUUUUGUGAGAGGAUAUUUGGUUGUAAACCUAAAUCAACAGCUAGCAGCCAGCUAGCUGUAUGUAUAUAUCUGUAAUGUGUUUAUAUAUUAGUAAUGUCUAGAUACACACACACACUGAGGUUCCUGUUUGGGUGUU